ACCUGCAAGAAUACAUGGAGUGGAGUUUUUCAAUUUUUCCCGUUUUCCGGGUUUUUCCUAGAUCGUUGAAUUUUUCUCGUAUCAGUUCACUUCUCUUUUCUCUCAUCUUUUAUUUAUCAACCAUUUGCGUUUCCCGCACCUGAAAAAGUGAAAGUGUCACUCAUUCUCCAAGACGUUAAUUCCAUUUUGUGGUUUAUUCUAAGAUGAAACCAAGCGAAGCUUUCUAAUUUACUCAACUGUGUUUUAGCAUUGAAGUAACGUCUCAAGCAACAUUUGGUCAUCCUCUGUAAUGAUGGAUGUAGAAAUCAUUGAUGAUACUCCUGACAAUCAAUCAAAUGGAAACAGUACAGCAGCAACCCAGAGUGUUAUGGACUCAGACCAAGAAAAAUUAAUAUCAGAAGCGCUAGCUAAUGUAAGCUGGCCGUCCAAUAUCAGAAGAACCAGACACCGUGAACAUGCCCAAGCCUUAAAAUUAGGACUCACAUCAGCCACAGAUAAGUUUCUUCAUAAUUUUAAUCCAGAAAAUAGCAAUCGCGAAAGGAGGAAGUUAACAAGAAAAUUGGUCCAAAAUAACAAACGUGCAUAUGAUGCAAAAGGAAUACUGCUUGUAUGUAACAAAGAUUUAUGUGAUUGCCUCAAUGAGAAAUGUCCUGGUUGUUUCUUUCCAUGUCCAAAAUGUAGAUCCUGCAAGUGUGGACAUGAAUGCAGGCAAUUCAGGAAGUGGAUCUACGAAUCAGCUGAAAUUCAAGGCACAAAAAGUGUAAUUCAAAAUCCAUACAAAGAUCUACUCAAGAAGAAUCCCUAGGAAUUGAUAAACCAGAUAAGAUUCUACAUUUAUAAUUCCUGUCUUUUGUACUUUCCUUCAAAAGGCACAUUUGUUCUUUCUCACCAUCAGUUUCACUGUUUUCGAUUUGUAUCGCAAAUUCGAUUGCAUGUUUAAAUAAGACAUAAUGGUGUGAAGACCCAUAUCUAACAUCUCCAUGACAGCGGAAAGAUUUUAUCUGUCAUUUCAUCUUUCAGUCCCUAUCAUGAAAAGGGUUCAGAGUGUCCAGGAAAAGUAUUCUGCGGGGAAAGAGAAUCCCCAGGAGAGUUCUAGAUUCUUUCCUGUAACUGAGGCGUUUUAGAGUUGAAAACAGAUGCAAAAUAUAUGAAGCAACUCGUUAACAUUAAUAUGCUAUCCUAAUUAAAGAUCGCCUAAAAUUUCUUGUGAGUAGGACAAUCAGAAGAGACCCAAGGAAUGUUGACAUUGUAAGUUCUUAGGAUAGGUUAUCAGAGCAUGAACUUUUCUACAGGAAAAAUCAUGGACUUAAGUAUUUAAGAGGAUCAAGCAUCUAAACCAAAAAUUCAUGGGACCAUCCUUAAUUUAUGCCAAGCGCUUAAAAGGAGGAGAUCCAGAAGUCCCUGAUAGAUGCUUGACAGUAAGAACACUUAUCUCAGAUUCAAGACCAAAAACGCAGUUUGAAAAUUCGAAAAGUAAAGAAAAGAGAAAAGAUUGAAAAAUAAUCUUGAGCAGUUUUUUCUCUCUUUUUUUGAACGAGAAGGGAGUCAGUGUAUUUUGUUUGGUGUAGUUAUUAGGAGUUUAGAGGUUCCUGAAAAGAGGAGGGCAUUGAUGAAUCGGAAUAACUUCCCAAGCUUGAUAUAUUUAGUCAACAGUCCUUUCUGGAAAUGAAACUAGUUUCAAAGAAAUCAAAAUUAAAAAGGAGAAAUAAAGUUCAAAGCUUGUCAAUUUAAAGUUAAGAUUUGCUAUGGGCUGAAGAUGGCAUUGAUUGUGUGUGCCUGAAGAACUUCGGAGUUGUAAAUAAAAUUUUACAGUAUAAAGGAAAAAAUUCUUCGAAAAUAAUUUACUUUCUUUCGCACUUGCUUUCAUGAAACAUCCAUAUGUAAAAUAUUAUGGAUCAACUGCAAAUUUAAAUAUAUUAAUCGUGGUGUUUAGAUCUUCCUAAAAUGUAUUUGGUUUUUCUCCGAUUUCUCUCUUUUUCAAAAAUUAAAAAUUAAGGUUUGAUCAAGAUCUAAAUAUUAUUUCCACUGAGAUGGCACUCAAUGUUUGAAACUAUGUUCAAUUGCUAUGUUGCAAUUUGUGACCAAAAAAUUUGCUAAUGUGAUUAGAAUUUUUGCAUUUCCAUGAAAAAUAAAAAUGCAUCUAAAUAAAUUAAAGUCAGUCCAUUGUUUUUACCCUUUCAUAGAAUUUGAUCGAUCAACAUUCAUACUCACUUUUUGACCAACUGAAGGCUGCUUUUUUUUGAGUAGAUUACCGUCUACCUGUUUUAAUUUUUAAAGGUUUAUUGUGAAUCUCUGAUUUUUGAUGCCUAUGAAAGUAAGUUUAAACGAGAUCUUUUAAUGGUUGCCCCUAUCAUUUCUGAACAAUGAUUUAAAUGGCAAAUUUUGAAUGGUAAAAAUUCUCAUCCUAUUAAAUUUUUUCAAAUAAUUCUAGAGCCAGAAUGGUGAAAUUCAUCAACUCAUGUCAAUAUUAAUAAGCUCUGUUGCCUAAUUUCAAAGCUGAGUUUUAUUUAUUGUGAGUGUUGUGAUAAAUUUCAUGCGAGCAUAGCCAUAGUCACUACUUCUAAAGACAAACCAUUCUUGCGCAUUUAUCGGGAAGGGAUCUGUAUUUUCACUGCAUCCCUGAAUCAACAGAUCUAAAAGAUAUCAAGGAACCUCUCAGAGGAAAUGAAUUUGGAACUUUUAUGACAAGUCUAUAUAUUCAUGUGCUCCUGAACCAAUAAAUCUAAUAUAUUUUGUAAAUAA